AUGGCAUCCGAUGGCAUCACCUCAAAAGCUGUACCUGUCGCUCCAAAUCCCGAGGAGGGCGAUGGCACUGUUGUCUUCCGUACUGUAGCAAAAGUCACUGACGUCCAUGAAUCUGGAAAUAGUGUUCAAGUUGACUUCGAGGAUUCUGCUAGCCAUACCAUACAGACUAUAACAGGAGAUCUCGUGAUCGUGGCAGACGGCUCAACAUCGUCCAUCAAAAAGAUCCUUCUACCAGGUGCGACGCGUCACUUUGCGGGGUAUAUAAGCUGGAGAGGAGCCGUCCCAGAACAUGCAAGCAAGAAGUAUGCAGAGAAGUUUGUUUUUCAACUCAUGAAUCGGAAUUAUCUCUUACAUUACACCAUCCCAACGGAUGAGGGCAAUCUAGAUCCAGGAAAGCGUCUACACAAUUGGAUCUGGUACCAGCGCGUAAAUGAACAAGAAUUGAACUCGAUAUUUACCGACAUCAAUGGACCACAGCACCAAGGUACAGUGGCUCGCGGCUUGUUGGACCCAAAGAUCUGGGAAAAACAGAAAGCAGUUGCUUCCAAGACGAUGCCCGAGGAGCUGUCUCAGAUCCUUCACAGUACCUCAUCCCCGUUUGUAUCUAAGAUCUAUGACGCAUCAUUAACUAAAGCUGUGUUCUUCGGCGAGAAGCUAUUUCUUAUCGGAGAUGCGCUGACCACGAUCCGUCCAAAUGCCGGAAUGAGCACCACGUACGCUGCAUACGCUGUCAACGAGCUCGAGAAGGUCGUCGAGGGAAAUCAAACUCCAAGCCGGUAG